UCCGUUUCGUGACCGCCCGCGAGUGGGUGGCGGCCUCGCCCUUCAUGCCGUAUAUAAGGCCACGGCCUUCUCCCAGACUGGAUAGGGUUCUCUUCUGGUCAGCACGCUCUUUUGCCACAACAGUCCUACAUUCUCUUCUUUCAUCCCUUCUUUUCUUCCCCAAGUUCUGUGAACUUGCCCUAUUUUCUACCCUCGUUACCCAUAAAAGUAUUCUCUCUAAUCCGUCUGGGCCGGCCCUCCUUUCCUGUCUUUGAAGAAAAGAAAAGUCUUUCGUUAUAAAAGAGGAGAUUUGUUUGUUCGUUCCACACACACAACACAAGACACCAUGAAGUUCAACGCCCCCGCCGCUUUCCUCGCCCUCGCCGGCCUCGUCGCUGCCGAGGUGCCGCAGGAGCACUGCCACGAGGCCGUCAUCCGGGCCGUCAAGAUCGAGCUGGAGAAGAACAACCCGCUCGCCAUCGCGGACCCCGUCUUCGCCCUGCUCGGCAACGCCGCGGCGGCCGAGGGCGCGCCCAACGUGGCCGCGGCCGACCUCGACUGCCUGCAGCAGAUCACGGCGGACCAGGCCUUCAGCAACGCCAAGGCCGAGGGCAGCGUCGACGGGCAGGUGACGGCGCUGCUGUACGCGGCGCUGGAGCGCAACACGCUCAGCGUGGGCGAGGCCAGCAAGCUCUGCACCACCGUCACGGCCACCAACCCCGAGAUCGCGGCCAUCACGCGCAUCCAGGACCCGGCCUCGGCCGAGGGCAAGGCCGGCAACAAGCAGGCCAUCCUGGACCUGGCCGUGCAGAUCGCAAAGGUCGGCGGCGACCCGCUCAAGGCCACCGAGGCCGGCACCUUUGCGCCCGGCCAGAUCGGCGACCCGACCGCCGCCGGCAACACGUGCAACGACGCCGACGACGCCGUCGGCUGCAUCAUCAGCCAGAACCUGCUGGUCGUCGAGGCCACCGACGCCGAGAUCCAGGCGGCCGUCGCGGCCGCCGGUGGCGCCGGCAACGCCAACGCCGGCAAGAAGAACAAUGGCAAUAAGAACAGCGCCAAGGACAACAAGAAGAACAAGAACAACAACGCCAACAACGGUGGCGCCGCUGCGGACGGCUGCAACGCUGCUGGCGGAAACAACAACAACAACGCUGGCAACAACAACAACAACAACGCUGGUGCCGGUGCUGGUGCCGGUGGUGCCGCAAACGCUGCCAACAUCCAGGCCUUCACCGGCGCUCUAGGCGGCGCCGCUCCCGCCGUCACCUUCGAGGCCGGCUCGGCGCGCCCCUUCACCGUCAACGGCAACACCUUCACCACCGCGCAGGCGGCGCUGACGCGCUCGUGCGACAUCCAGAACAACCAGUGCUUCAACGCCGCCAACGGCGGCCAGCUCGCCGGCGGCACCGCGCAGUGCCAGCAGCAGCAGACCGAGUGCCUGGCCCAGGUUGCCACCUCGGCCGCCGCCGCCUCCAAGGCCCGCCGCGCUGCAGUCACCAGCGGCCGCAGGAGCUCGCGCUUCUAAGCUCUUUUUUUUACCAGAGCAAUGUUCGGGGUUGGAACAUGCCCCUAGUAUGACUUCUCCUGCGCUGUGGUGACUUAAAUGCUUCUUUUUACAUGGUGGCUUUCGUGCCUGCUAUUGUUUGGCGUUCCUUGUUGGCAAAUACCAAGCCUUCCUACUUUUGUCGAUUCUCUGCUCUUCUUCUUCUUCUUCUUCUUCUUUUACAGCCCUUUUUACUUUUUCGGAUGGGUUUGGCCUUCUGGGCUCUUCUGCACCUCAUGAUGUAAGACGUGUGGCAGCGUGCUGGAAUUGACUGGUGUCGGUCAGAAGAGCCGGCUGGGGACAAAUUACACAGAAUACUUUUAUCGAAUACCCUUGAACUUCCUUCCCUACGAAAUGAAUUGUGUUUUCCUG